AUGUCCAGCAGCAGUCCAUCGAGCGGGCAACAGGACGCAGGGCUCAUCGUCGAGUGGAUCGAGCCCGCAAGGGUGCAGGCACAGCACAUGGCGGACGAGCCACGCUUCGCGGGCGAUGUCGUGGCCUGGCACGAGAAGCAGGUGCGCGCAUACGCCCAGCAGAGCAUCCCUCGUGCGACGCGAGCGCGGAUACGAAAGUGCGCACACCACUACAGUGGUGGCAAUGAGCCUGAGCACAUCACUGUCAGCUUCAAGCAGGGGAGCAAGGAGCUGGGCGCAUACCAUGUCCACACAGAUCGGACCUCUUGA